CUGGUUAAAAAUGCAAAGUCAUAUGCAUGGGCAGUAAAUUCACGUAGGCCAGUAUACAUUGGUGAUGCAGAGUCAACGUUACGUAACAAAAGGGCAUAUUGGAGAAAAUCGGCUUCAGGUUCUAAGAAAAUCACUGAAAUGUUUCCAGUAAAUGAAGCUGCUAA